UACCUGCUUCCCCGUGAACGGAACAGUGAGAGAAAGAGCGUGACCCCACUCAAAACGGGCAAGCAAAACACAACCGCCAGCCAAAGGAAACGAAAUUAAAUCUCAGCCGUUGAAAGAAUCAACGGCUCAUGACCAUUUCUUUCAUCUUCUUCCCCCACAUAAACCCUUUCCCCUGUUUUUUUUCAAUUUAACCAGAAAAACCUCAUAAGAACUUUUACAAGUGUCCAUAGAGAGAGAGAAGAAUGAACGAGAUGAGCGAGAGAGAUUCUAAAGAGACUAGCUUUGAAGGAUCUAGCAUCAAGAGGAUGAGACUCGAUGAUGGUGAUGACUCAGCUGAAGAGACAACGGUUUCUUCUUCUUCUUCUUCUUCUCUGUCUUACUCCGCCGCUUUAGAUUCUGAAGAUGAAGAUCAUCGGAGCUCAAGCGCCAGAGAUACUUCUCUGCCAUUUUUAGAUCUCGAGCAAAUCUCCGAAACCGAAGUAUCGUCAUUAAUCACCAUCAGUUUCAGAGCACAAGGAAGUCCAUCGAGCGAAAUGGACUCGGCCACCACGACCAAGACGGAGAGGCAAGAGAAGAAGGCAAAAGCACCACCGACGCAGGCUGAGCUUGACGACUUCUUCUCCGCGGCGGAGAGAGGCCAACAGAAACGAUUCUCGGACAAGUACAACUACGAUAUCGUUAAUGAUACGCCGCUUGAAGGUCGCUACGAGUGGGUUAGUCUCAAGCCUUGAGAAGAAGAAGACAAUGCUAAAGUUACACGACGUCGUUAGGUACUCUUGUGAGUUUUGUCACAGAGAGAGAGAGAAUCGUAGCUUAGGAUCGGUUUAUUUCGUUAUUGUACAGUCUAGUCCUCUCUAGCUUAUUUUAGUUUCCUUCUUCUUAUGUUCAUUCGUCGUACCACGAGAAACAAAAAAAGGACGCAGCUUUCUUUUUCAACUGAUGGAUUUUUUUUCGAAAUUUAUCAUUUUUAAUGUCUAGUUUAACUAUCAAAAUUAUCUGUUGAAGUUUUUUCAAAACUUGAAUUUGAAUGUCUGCAUCAAAAAACUUGAAUUUGAAUGUCGAGUUUAUUCUCCAUCCAUAUUUACUUGAAGAGCACACCAAAUUAAAGGUAGUAUUCUUUUAGUUUUUGAAAGAGGUAGUGAAAAUAUUUAUUGUGUCAGAAAAGCUGGACCUUUUUGUCAGUUAUGUAGAGUUGGUGGUGACUAUGCACAUUAUUAGCAUUUCAUGUUUUUUGUAGCUUAUUAUUUGAAUUCAGAAAGUUAUUUAUUGUUU